CAAAAACAACUAAAAUGGCGUACGGAAAAGAAGCGAUAGUUGAUAAACAGGGUUAAUUUUGGUGUUUUGGUGGCCGAAACGGUGAAUUUACAUUGUUUUAAGUGUGGGUACAAAAGAGUUUGUGUGUUUGAAGAUGUAGUAUUGCAGCGAUUACUGAACAUGAAUUCUGCAUGGAAAGUAAUGAAAUUUGAAAAGUGAAACUGCGUUACUCGGGUUACUGAGGCUCGGCAUUUAAAAAUGGUAGAAAUGUACGCUUGGGGCAAGGCGGCAUCUGGCCAGCUAGCUGUAGGAGAAACAGACGAAGAGCUAGUUCAUUUGCCAAUGCAAGUACCGUAUUAUGAAGGAUUUUCACCGAAAGUAGUAGACAUUGCUUGCGGCUCUCAGCAUACUGUAUUUCUGACCAAUGAUGGUAUGGUUUACACUUGCGGUAGCAACGAUUUUGGGCAACUUGGUCAUGGUAAAGUUUGCAGGAAACCAGGUAACCAGGAGACAUAAUUAUGAGGAAUUAUGAAUAUUUAAUAAUAUAAUUAACCUUAUCUUUGGAGGGCUUUAGCCCCCUCUUUUUCUGCUAUUGCAAAGUUGGUGGGGCUUUCCGUAGCCCCACCCCCCAUUCUGCUGCCUGUAAUUGUGACGUUUUCCACAAACCGAAACAAACAAUUUCUUCCCUCGUAGAAAGGAUAGAUUCCAUUGAAACAAUGACUAUAAAACAAGUGAGAUGUGGACAGGAUUUUACAUUGGCCCUCAACAAUAAAGGCAAGGUUCUCAGUUGGGGUAAUAACAGAAGUGGUCAACUUGGGCACCCUGUACUUGACAUCAUUCAAAGGCCAAGGUAAAUGUCGGACUAAGUGAGGGACGAUAAGUGGUUAUUUAUGCAGUAAUUGUGUGGGCACACCAAUCAGUGAUGGUAUUUGAGUACUUUAAUUAUGAGAGAGUGCUUAAGUGUUUCUAAAAUGCCAUUUCCUGGAUUAUCAUUCUAGAAAGAAUUUUCUAAACAAUUAGGCCACUCCAAAUUAGACUUUGGUCUCUCGUCCUCUGCCCGCAUCUCCCAGAAUUGGCCACAUUAUUUGUCUGUUGUUUUCAUGAUUUGACGUUUAUGGCUAUAAGAAUAGCGAAAAUCCACAGUUUUUGAAUAAUCUAUCAAGAAAUACAUAUUUAUAAUAUAAUAUAAUAUGUAAAAAUCGAAAUAAAAUUGUUGAAACUUUAUAUAUCAUUAAGAGCGUGAAUUGUUGUUUUUGUUUGUUUUUACUACGGUAACUGCUGAGCUACACACUUCCAUUACAAGUUUUGAUUUUUGAAUGUAAAAAACUGCUCAUAAGCAUAAAUAUAAUAGAUAAGGUUAAUAUCCUGGCUUUCAUUUCUGCAUACAAAAAAUAAAAAAAAUUGUGUAGAAACGUAUGUGGUGGCUGAAUGGACAUUUAAAACGUGUAUCUAUUUUAUUAUGGAAUAACGGGUUGUGUUAGAUCCUUUCUGACAACAUAAUGGAUGAUGGAAAUGGACUGACCACCCCUUUACUCUGUCUAACAGCUGACAGUUUUACUUGUCAAGAGGAGAGCAUUGCAUGACGUUAUUUUUUUGUGGAUAAUAAAAAUGGUGUGUGUCUUUGUCAAGUUUGUUUUCUAAUUUGCAUAUUUGAAGGAGCAUCAAGCAUUUUAAUGAAAUUCAUGUCACUCAAAUUAGCUGUGGAAUGCAGCAUUCAUUGGCUCUAGCUACUGGUAGGUCGGAAAAUAAUUUUCUCUCAAAGUAUUAA